UUCCUUCCCACCCAUUUGGGCCAGAGCCGCCCCUCCCCCAUAGGUGGUUCCCUCAUAAUUAUUAGCCACUUUGAGGGACUUAAAGGGUGCUUGCUUUGAAAAACGCGUUGCUUCAGUUCGUGAUACCCCGUGCCUCAGGCCACUGGCCCGCGGGGGCUGUGUGGGUGGGGGCCUCCAGGGCGUCAGCAGCUGGGCGCCGCAGGGGCCGCGAAGGGGUUAAGCCGGCGGGGGGGGGGUGAGGGGGAGGGGGCGCGGGCCGCGCCUGCGCUCUGCCGCCCUCCAUUGUCUCCACGGCGGCGAGGAGCGCCGGCGAGCGCAGCCCGGGACCCAGCAGGGCGGCGCGGCUGGCGGGGUCGGUGUCGGCUGGUGCGAGAGCGCGACGCGACGCGACCGCGGUUUCCCGAGCUCGGCCUGGCCGCCGAGCGCUGCAGCUCGCCCGAGGCCUGAAGGGUCCGGGCCGCCGUCCAUGGUCGCGGCGUCCUGAGGUGGGGGACGCGCCCGGCGCCCCCAGCCCUCCUCCGCUUCCUCCUGUCGGGCGGGCGGCCUCCUUCGGCGCCUCCUCGCGCUCGCUUGCCGCCUCCCUCCUUCCUUCCCUGCGGCUCCCCCGGCUUUCGGGAGCCCGGGGGCGGCCUGUGGCGCGCCGAGCUCGCGCCGGACUGCGCCUCUUUGGACCUUGAAGGGAAACAUGCGUUUGGCUUGGAUCGUUUUAAAUUCUUAGUUUGGGAUCCCCGCCCGCCUUCCUCUUCCGCCCCGCGGAUUUUCUUUUCUUUUUUUCCCCCUUUUUCCUCUCCCGGUCUCCUUUUUGACUCCCUCCCCCUUUAUGCUCGCCCAGCCCUCCACUCGCUGCUGAGAAGUGGGGGAGGGUCUCGGCCUCCAGGUUCCCGCCCCACCGGGGCCCGGGCGAGUAUGGGGGGCAAGCAGAGCACGGCGGCCCGUUCCCGGGGCCCCUUCCCGGGGGUCUCCACCGAUGACAGCGCCGUGCCCCCGCCGGGAGGGGCGCCCCACUUUGGGCACUACCGGGCGGGCGGUGGAGCCAUGGGGCUGCGCAGCCGCUCGGUCAGCUCCGUGGCGGGCAUGGGCAUGGACCCCAGCACGGCCGGAGGGGUACCCUUUGGCCUCUACACCCCCGCCUCCCGGGGGACCGGCGACUCGGAGAGGGCGCCGGGCGGCGGAGGGUCCGCGUCUGAAUCCACCUAUGCCCAUGGCAAUGGUUACCAGGAGACGGGCGGCGGUCACCAUAGAGACGGGAUGCUGUACCUGGGCUCCCGAGCCUCGCUGGCGGAUGCUCUACCUCUGCACAUCGCACCCAGGUGGUUCAGCUCGCACAGUGGUUUCAAGUGCCCCAUUUGCUCCAAGUCUGUGGCUUCUGAUGAAAUGGAAAUGCACUUUAUAAUGUGUCUGAGCAAACCUCGCCUCUCCUACAAUGAUGACGUGCUGACUAAAGACGCGGGGGAGUGUGUGAUCUGCCUGGAGGAGCUGCUUCAGGGGGACACGAUAGCCAGGCUGCCCUGCCUGUGCAUUUAUCACAAAAGCUGCAUAGACUCGUGGUUUGAAGUGAACAGAUCUUGUCCAGAACACCCUGCGGACUGACCCUGCUGGGCUCGCUUGCUGAUUCCUCUGAAAGGGACAGCCAGCUCUGUUCCUGAGAGGAGGCUUCGGACACUGGGGCAGAGCUGAGUUGGGGACACCAGUGGGAACAGGGCACCCCUACUGCACUGACUUCUGGAGAAUGGUUCUCCCUUUCUCCCUGAGGACACCAAAUUGGAUGAGCCGCGAGUUUGAGAGAAGAAAGAAUCAACCGCCACCCUUCCCCUCACUCCUCAUCCCAGGAGGGAAAGGGCAUUUUCUUUUCACCUUUGAAAGGCGUUGUGGGUCUGUCUCUAAAGUGUUUACCAAAAAAAAACAAAAAAACAAAACAAAACAAAAAAAUUAUAAAAAAAAAGUCUAGUGUCGACUGGUGUUUUCCCUCGUGAUGUUUACAGAUUGCUGUCUGCUGCCCAGCUAGAACAGAAACGCACAGAGAGAGCCAGGUUCUCACCACUCCUGUCCUGACGUUACGGGAGCCCUAGCACAGCGCCCUGUGCCCAGCGCCCCGUCGGCCCUCUCCGUCACCAACCUCUCUGCCUUGGUUUUCUUUGUCCAUUUUUCUGGCUUGGUUUUGCACUUUUCUCCCUGUGGGACCCUGAGAUCUUGACUUCAUUGCCAAAACAACAACCCAUGGAAGACCUUCUCCCCCUCCAUUCCCGUUUCUUUUCCCUCCCUCCCUCCUGGUUCUGGUCAGUUCAGAGGAUUUAACAAUCACAAGUGUCCUGCAAAAAUCCUGAACAUUUUUCUUAGACCCUUGUGGAUUCCCCCACCCUCCUGAAAACUUAAACAGACAAACAAAAGACUUAUUAAAGGAAUAUGUACAGCUACCCCUGUUUUCAGGCACUCUGAGAACAUUUUAGCCAUUGAUGGUCACACGUGGCAUCAGCCCAUGCAAGAUAGGUUUCUUCUGUAUUUAUAUAUUAAAAUACAAAAAAACAACAACCUUAUAAAAUGUUUAAAAAAAUGUUCAAAGCUGGGGGAAAAGCUUUCUUCAUUAGUCAAGAUGUUUUGAUAUGGUAUUAAAACAAUGUCUAAUAAAA